AGUUAUUCUAUAUCUAACCCUGGAAAGUGAAAAUCACUGCACCAGUCAAUUUCACUUUCUAUUGUAGCCUAUAUAAGUGCAGCUGCAAUCAUUGUUUCACAUCUAUAUCAGCAUCUCAGUCUCAGGAGGAACUAGUACUAACAAGACUCGGAUAGUAUUUUUAUAUUCCCCCUCUGAAAAGCAAAGAUGGGCGGAGCAGAGUCUACACCAUCACCACCACCACCAAAGAAGGAAUUUGACAAAGAAUGGAGGAAAUCAUGUUGGAGUAAACUAGAGAGAGAUGCCAUGGUGGCUGCACUGAGGAACUUUGAACUGAGUGAUCCUGAUGUGGGUCAGCUGAGAUGCCUGCUACAUGGACCAGUCGGUGCAGGGAAGUCCAGCUUCAUCAACUCAGUCAACAACGUUUUCCAAGGACGAUCAACACAUAAUGCCCUGGUAGCUGCUGCCUCUGGCACAAGUUUCACCAUGAAAUAUAAGACACACUACUUUCAAGGCCGAAAAGGAGAAAAACGUCUGCCCUUUGCAUUCAAUGAUGUCAUGGGUCUGGAGACACAGAAAAAUGGGUUGCACCCUGAUGACAUCAUCAAUGCUCUGAAGGGCCAUCUACCUGAGGGCUAUGAGUUCAAUCCUUUACACCCGCUAUCGGACCAAAAAGAAGAAUACAUUCAGAAUCCCAGUUUAAGUGACAAAACUCACUGUCUGGUCAGUGUUGUGACAGCAGACACAAUCUCUCGCAUGAAUAAGGAAGUCAUAGACAAGAUGAAACACAUCAGGGCAGAAGCCAGUAAACUGCAAAUCCCUCAAGUUGUUGUCAUGACCAUGCCAGACAAGGCUUGUGAGCUGGUGAACAGGGAUGUGAAGAGAAUCUACUACAGCAAGGCAAUCAAAGAUAAGAUGCAGAUCUGCAGUAAUGAGCUGGGCGUUCCAAUGAACUGCAUCCUGCCUGUGAAGAACUACCAUGAGGAGGGGAUGAUGGAUGAAGACAUGGACAUCCUGAUCCUGAACGCCAUGACUCAGAUUAUGAACUUCGCCAACGACUACAUCUGGGACCUCCAACAACAUGCAUGAGAUUGUGUCACACGCUAGGAGAUUAGAGAGCCAUGCAGUACAUAGCCUAGAUUUGAUUUCAGAGUAAUUCAAGGUUAAUGUAGUCUUUUUCCCCCAUAGGAAAUAGGACAUUUGUUUUCGAGGCAGGAUAAAGUAACAUUGGAGGGAAAGUUGUCCUUCACAUUUUUUCAUAUUGUGGUUGUAUCAUUUAACUUAAUAUAAAAGCCUAAAUAUACUGUUUAAAGCCACAAUAUGCACCUACGUGACAAACACCUUGAAAGAAUGUGCAUGCACUGGAUAUGCAUUAUACUACUUUAAACUAUACAUGUAACACCCAACAGUGUACACUUGCAUUAGAUAAGCUAAUAUCCUUGCUGUAUUGCAAAAACAUGAUGCAGAUAACUCACAUUGAUUUUAUAUCAAUCAUUGUAUUUUUCAAUAUUUGAUGUGAUGUUAUAGUUGUGUUUUUUAUGCUUUUCCCUGGUAAAAAUAAAUAAAUAUAGGAUUUCACUACAAAUUCAAUUUAGAACAAUAGAAAAUCCUACACGAUUUUGGAACCUAUCCUAAAGGAUUCCAAUAGGACUGGUUCCAAAAUCUGAUGGGAUUUUUCUAUUGGAUUCUUGUAUUGGAUUCCUAUAGGAUCCUAUAAGAUAAAAUCCUAUAGGAUAGAAUCAAAUCAUAUAGUAUUUGUCACAUGCUUCGUAAACAACAGAUGUAGACUAACAGUGAAAUGCUUACUUACUGGCGCUUCCCAACAUUGCAGAGACAAAAAAAAGAUAAAUAAUAGAAAAAUAACACAAUAAAUAAAUACACAAUGAGCAACGACAACUUGGCUAUAUACACGGGGUACCAGUACCAAGUCAAUGUGCAUGGGUACAAGGUAAUUGAGGAAGAUAUGUACAUAUAGGUAGGUAGGGAUAAAGUGACUACAGGAUAACAGGAUAUAUAAUAAACAGUAACGUGUUAGUGAAAAACUGGUCAAUGCAGAUAGUUAAAUAGUUAACACUACCCAGACUAACUAUUAAGCAGUCUUAUGGCUUGGGGGUAGAAGCUGUUCAGGGUCAUGUUGGUUCCAAACUUGGUGCAUCGGUACCGCUUGCCGUGCAGUAGCAGAGAGAACAGUCCCAUAGGACUGGUUAAUUAUUUUUGUUGCCUGUUUUGCAUGCUAUUUGGGCAUUAAUAUGUGUCACAUAUCAGUUUCCAAACAAUGUAAAAUACAUAUAUAUAUUUUUUGAGUUAAUAAAGUCGCAUACAAACAUU